GGAAUGGAUGCAACCACCGGCACCGAUCAAACCGGUAAACGGUAUUGGCAAAGGAUCGAGGACGUCUAUUGUAGGAUCAAGCCGAAGAAUAGUGGGUUCAUCCAUCGCACUUUCCGGUCGCUUCAAGGCCGGUGGGAGUUGAUCAAGCCCGCUUGUGCUCGUUGGAGUGCGGCCAUGGACCAAGUGAGGGAUGCACCACCUAGUGGAACCGUGGAGAGCGACUAUGAGACAAUUGCCGGCAUGAGGUACAAGGAGAUGGCCGCUUCCAAGGGCAAGCCAUUCCCAUUUAAGCAUGUUUGGUCAAUUCUUCAAACCUUUGACAAGUGGAAGUUGAGGGAUCAAGAGACCGCACCCAAGAAGUCGGCAAUGCUAAGGAUGGAUGAUAGUGAAGAUGAGGAGGAGAGGAACUUGGGCAAGCCCGAGGGAACCAAGAAGGGCAAGCUAAGGGUGAAGAUGGAAAGCGCAAGGCCGAGUUGGAGGAGAGGAUGAUCAAGCUCAAAGAGGCAAAGGUAUGGAAAGAACUCAUGGUGGAAGAGAAAGAGCACAUUAUGAUGUCCAAGAAGGACAUGGAUCAAGACCAAUUGCAAUGGUGGAAGGACACCAAGGAGGACAUCGCAGAGAGGAAGAGGAUGUUCCGUGUUGCGUCCUCUACUUUUC